AUGAUCGUGAUUCUGUUAUUGGCCAUAGCCGCUAACGCUUACGGAGAUGCUUACGCCACCGGUCCGUCGGCUCAAUCACAAGUUGCUCCAGCAUCUGCUGCCUACGGAUCGCCUUACUCUUCAAACUUGAACUCGGCCGCUCUUCAACCACAACCCAUACAAGUGCAGCCGUUCUCACCUUUCAUGCAACAUUCAGUGCCUUUCGAAAUGCAGCGUGCUGGUGUUAGCACAUAUCCAAUUGGUUACGGUAUGUUUGGACCAAUGCAGCAAGGACACCAUCCUUACCAGAUGUACUCUCAACAAACUUUACCAAAUCCUUUCUUCGUCAGCUAUCCUCAGAAUAUGGAAACAUAUGGCGCAAUGAGACAAAGUCAACAAACAAGUGUUCCGGCUGUCCCCUCAGGUGCAUCCGCUUACCUCACUUUACCCACGUCUAUUUCAUCAGCCCCAUCUUCUGAAUAUUCCUCUCGAGCAACUCAAGUGUCAACGGCAGGAGGAACAACAGCUUCUCUGCCAGGGUUCACUCCACCUUCAGUUGAUCCUUGGGCAGCCUUGGGUGGUGUUACUACAAAGAAAGCAGAUAGCAGAAAAAAGAAGGACGGCGAAGGAACUUUCCUUUAG